AUGAAAGCCAUGCCUUGGAACUGGACUUGCCUGCUCUCCCAUCUCCUGAUGGUGGGGAUGGGCUCCUCCACUCUGCUCCCCCGGCAGCCACCCCCACUCUCCCAGAAGCGGUCUUUUGUCACGUUCCGUGGGGAGCCAGCUGAGGGUUUCAACCACUUGGUGGUGGAUGAGAGGACAGGACACAUUUACUUGGGGGCCGUCAACCGGAUCUACAAGCUCUCCAGUGACCUGAAGGUCUUGGUGACCCACCAGACAGGACCGGAUGAGGACAACCCCAAGUGUUACCCACCCCGCAUUGUUCAGACGUGCAAUGAGCCCCUGACCACCACCAACAAUGUCAACAAGAUGCUCCUGAUAGACUACAAGGAGAACAGGCUCAUUGCCUGUGGGAGCCUGUAUCAGGGCAUCUGCAAGCUCCUCAGGCUGGAGGACCUCUUCAAGCUGGGGGAGCCUUUUCACAAAAAGGAACACUACCUGUCGGGAGUCAACGAGAGCGGCUCCGUCUUUGGAGUGAUCGUCUCGUACAGCAACCUGGAUGACAAGCUUUUCAUCGCCACAGCAGUGGACGGCAAGCCAGAAUACUUCCCUACCAUCUCCAGCCGGAAGCUGACCAAGAACUCAGAGGCAGACGGCAUGUUCGCUUAUGUCUUCCAUGAUGAGUUUGUGGCCUCGAUGAUUAAGAUCCCUUCAGACACCUUCACUGUCAUCCCUGACUUUGAUAUCUACUAUGUCUAUGGCUUUAGCAGUGGCAAUUUUGUCUACUUUUUGACACUUCAGCCUGAGAUGGUGUCUCCGCCAGGCUCCACCACAAAGGAACAAGUCUAUACAUCUAAGCUUGUAAGGCUGUGCAAGGAGGACACUGCCUUCAACUCCUAUGUGGAAGUGCCCAUUGGCUGUGAGCGCAGUGGGGUGGAGUAUCGCUUGCUGCAGGCCGCAUACCUGUCCAAAGCUGGGGCUGUGCUUGCCCGGACCCUUGGAGUCCGUCCGGAGGAUGACCUCCUUUUCACUGUCUUCUCCAAGGGCCAGAAACGGAAAAUGAAAUCCCUGGAUGAGUCGGCCCUGUGUAUCUUCAUCUUGAAGCAGAUUAAUGAUCGCAUUAAGGAGCGACUGCAGUCCUGCUACCGGGGUGAGGGCACACUGGACCUGGCCUGGCUCAAAGUGAAGGACAUUCCCUGCAGCAGCGCGCUCUUAACCAUUGAUGAUAAUUUCUGUGGCCUGGAUAUGAAUGCCCCCCUGGGCGUGUCCGAGAUGGUACGUGGCAUUCCCGUCUUCACAGAGGACAGGGACCGCAUGACUUCUGUCAUUGCCUACGUCUACAAGAAUCACUCUCUGGCCUUCGUGGGCACCAAAAGUGGCAAGCUGAAGAAGAUUCUUAUGGACAGAAAAAACCCUGGAGGGGGCAGUGCCCUCCAGUACGAGACUGUGCAGGUGGUAGACCCCGGCCCAGUCCUCCGGGAUAUGGCCUUCUCCAAGGACCAUGAGCAACUCUACAUCAUGUCAGAAAGGCAGCUCACCAGAGUCCCUGUGGAGUCCUGUGGUCAGUAUCGGACCUGCAGCGAGUGCCUUGGCUCUGGUGAUCCUCACUGUGGCUGGUGUGUGCUCCACAACACGUGCACCCGGAAGGAGCGCUGUGAGAGAUCCAGAGAGCCCCGCAGGUUCGCCUCUGAGAUGAAGCAGUGUGUCCGGCUGACGGUCCAUCCCAGUAACAUCUCUGUUUCCCAGUACAAUGUCCUGCUGGUCCUAGAGACAUACAAUGUCCCGGAGCUGUCAGCGGGCGUCAACUGCACCUUUGAGGACCUGUCAGAGAUGGAUGGGCUGGUGGUAGGCAAUCAGAUCCAGUGCUACUCCCCGGCAGCCAAGGAGGUGCCCCGAAUAAUCACGGAGAAUGGGGACCACCAUGUUGUCCAGCUGCAGCUCAAGUCGAAGGAGACAGGCAUGACAUUUGCCAGCACCAGCUUUGUCUUCUACAACUGCAGCGUCCACAAUUCGUGCCUGUCCUGUGUUGAGAGCCCAUACCGCUGCCACUGGUGUAAAUACCGUCACGUCUGUACCCAUGACCCCAAGACUUGUUCCUUCCAGGAAGGCCGAGUGAAGCUGCCUGAGGACUGCCCCCAGCUGCUGCGAGUGGACAAGAUCCUGGUGCCCGUGGAGGUGAUCAAGCCAAUCACUCUCAAGGCCAAGAACCUUCCCCAGCCACAGUCUGGGCAGCGCGGGUAUGAAUGCAUUCUCAACAUCCAGGGCAGCGAGCAGAGGGUGCCCGCCCUGCGCUUCAACAGCUCCAGUGUGCAGUGCCAGAACACCUCCUAUUCCUAUGAAGGGAUGGAGAUCAACAAUCUGCCUGUGGAGUUGACAGUUGUGUGGAACGGGCACUUCAACAUUGACAACCCAGCUCAGAACAAAGUUCACCUCUAUAAGUGUGGAGCCAUGCGGGAGAGCUGUGGGCUGUGCCUCAAGGCGGACCCGGACUUCCAGUGCGGCUGGUGCCAAAGCCAGGGCCAGUGCACCCUGCGGCAGCACUGCCCCGUUCAUGAGAGCCCGUGGCUGGAGCUGUCGGGUGCAAACAGCAGGUGCACCAACCCCCGCAUCACAGAGAUAAUCCCAGUGACGGGUCCCCGGGAAGGGGGCACCAAGGUCACCAUCCGAGGGGAGAACCUGGGCCUGGAAUUCCGAGACAUCGCCUCCCAUGUCAAGGUGGCCGGUGUGGAGUGCAGCCCUCUGGUGGAUGGCUACAUCCCUGCAGAACAGAUCGUGUGUGAGAUGGGGGAGGCCAAGCCCAGCCAGCAUGCCGGCUUCGUGGAGAUCUGCGUGGCCGUGUGUCGGCCCGAGUUCAUGGCCCGGUCCUCACAACUCUAUUACUUCAUGACGCUGACUCUCUCGGACCUGAAGCCCAAACGGGGACCCAUGUCAGGGGGCACCCAAGUGACCAUCACGGGCACCAACCUGAACGCGGGCAGCAAUGUGGUGGUGAUGUUCGGGAAGCAGCCUUGCCUCUUCCACAGACGCUCUCCGUCCUACAUCGUCUGCAACACCACGUCCUCAGAUGAGGUGCUGGAAAUGAAGGUGAUGGUGCAAGUGGACAAGGCCAGUAUCCACCAGGACCUGUUCUUCCAGUACGUGGAGGACCCCACCAUCGUGCGGAUCGAGCCAGAGUGGAGCAUAGUCAGUGGAAACACACCCAUCGCCGUAUGGGGGACUCACCUGGACCUCAUACAGAAUCCCCAGAUCCGUGCCAAGCAUGGAGGGAAGGAGCACAUCAAUCUCUGUGAGGUCCUGAAUGCCACUGAGAUGACUUGCCAGGCUCCGGCCCUCGCCCUGGGGCCCGACCACCAGUCUGACCUGACCGAGAGGCCUGAAGAGUUUGGCUUCAUCCUGGACAAUGUCCAGUCCCUGUUAAUCCUCAACAAGACCAACUUCACCUACUAUCCCAACCCUGUGUUUGAGGCCUUCGGACCCUCAGGAAUCCUGGAGCUCAAACCUGGCACUCCCAUCAUCCUGAAGGGCAAGAACCUGAUCCCACCGGUGGCUGGGGGCAAUGUGAAGCUCAACUACACCGUGCUGGUUGGGGAGAAGCCGUGCGCUGUGACCGUGUCGGAUGUGCAGCUGCUCUGUGAGUCCCCCAACCUCAUCGGCAGGCACAAAGUGAUGGCCCGUGUCGGUGGCAUGGAGUACUCCCCAGGAAUGGUGUACGUGGCCCCAGACAGCCCGCUCAGCCUGCCCGCCAUCGUCAGCAUCGCCGUAGCAGGUGGCCUCCUGGUCAUCUUCAUCGUGGCCGUCCUCAUCGCCUACAAACGCAAGUCCCGCGAAAGUGACCUCACGCUGAAGCGGCUGCAGAUGCAAAUGGACAACCUGGAGUCGCGGGUGGCCCUGGAGUGCAAAGAAGCUUUUGCCGAGCUACAGACGGACAUCCAUGAGCUGACCAGUGACCUGGACGGAGCUGGGAUCCCCUUCCUAGACUACAGAACCUAUACCAUGCGGGUGCUGUUCCCAGGGAUUGAAGACCACCCUGUGCUCCGGGACCUCGAGGUCCCCGGCUACCGGCAGGAGCGUGUGGAGAAGGGCCUGAAGCUCUUUGCCCAGCUCAUCAACAACAAGGUGUUUCUGCUGUCCUUCAUCCGCACCCUGGAGUCUCAGCGAAGCUUCUCCAUGCGCGACCGCGGCAACGUGGCCUCCCUCAUCAUGACGGUGCUGCAGAGCAAGCUGGAGUACGCCACCGACGUGCUGAAGCAGCUGCUGGCCGACCUCAUCGACAAGAACCUGGAGAGCAAGAACCACCCCAAGCUGCUGCUCAGGAGGACUGAGUCUGUGGCUGAGAAGAUGUUGACCAAUUGGUUCACUUUCCUGCUCUACAAGUUCCUCAAGGAGUGCGCCGGGGAGCCCCUCUUCUCGCUGUUCUGUGCCAUCAAGCAGCAGAUGGAGAAGGGGCCCAUCGACGCCAUCACAGGAGAGGCGCGCUACUCCCUGAGUGAGGACAAGCUCAUCCGCCAGCAGAUCGACUACAAAACCCUGGUCCUGAGCUGUGUCAACCCAGACAAUGCCAACAGCCCUGAGGUCCCAGUGAAGAUCCUCAACUGUGAUACCAUUACUCAGGUCAAGGAGAAGAUUCUGGAUGCCAUCUUCAAGAAUGUGCCCUGCUCCCACCGGCCGAAGGCUGCAGACAUGGACCUGGAGUGGCGACAAGGAAGUGGGGCGAGGAUGAUCCUCCAGGAUGAGGACAUCACCACCAAGAUUGAGAAUGACUGGAAGAGACUGAACACCCUGGCCCAUUACCAGGUGCCAGAUGGUUCUGUGGUGGCCCUAGUGUCUAAGCAGGUGACAGCCUAUAAUGCUGUGAACAACUCUACAGUCUCCAGGACCUCGGCGAGCAAAUAUGAAAACAUGAUCCGCUACACCGGCAGUCCGGACAGCCUCCGCUCGCGCACGCCCAUGAUCACCCCCGACCUGGAGAGCGGAGUCAAGAUGUGGCAUCUGGUGAAGAACCACGAGCACGGGGACCAGAAGGAAGGCGACCGGGGAAGCAAGAUGGUGUCUGAAAUCUAUCUGACGCGGCUACUGGCCACGAAGGGCACGCUGCAGAAGUUUGUGGAUGACCUGUUCGAGACCAUCUUCAGCACGGCGCACCGGGGCUCAGCCCUGCCCCUGGCCAUCAAGUACAUGUUUGACUUCCUGGACGAACAGGCCGACAAACACGGCAUCCACGACCCGCAUGUCCGCCACACCUGGAAGAGCAACUGCCUACCCCUGCGGUUUUGGGUCAACAUGAUCAAGAACCCUCAGUUUGUGUUCGACAUCCACAAAAACAGCAUCACGGACGCCUGCCUCUCCGUGGUGGCCCAGACCUUCAUGGACUCCUGUUCCACGUCAGAGCACCGGCUGGGCAAGGACUCCCCUUCCAACAAGCUGCUCUAUGCCAAGGACAUCCCCAGCUACAAGAACUGGGUAGAGAGGUAUUACUCGGACAUCGGGAAGAUGCCAGCCAUCAGCGACCAGGACAUGAAUGCAUACCUGGCCGAGCAGUCCCGGAUGCACAUGAAUGAGUUCAACGCCAUGAGCGCACUCUCGGAGAUCUUCUCCUACGUGGGCAAGUACAGUGAGGAGAUCCUCGGACCUCUGGACCAUGACGACCAGUGUGGAAAGCAGAAACUGGCCUACAAACUAGAACAAGUCAUAACCCUCAUGAGCUUAGACAGCUGAGAACCGUCCUUCCAGGGCCCCUGGGGGGAGGGA